AUGAACGAAUGUUACAGAUAUAAAGAGGUCAACCAAGAAAUUCAAACUGUAUCUCAACACUACAAUUACAACAAUUCUGUUUGUUUGGCUUUUGAAUUGUAUUUUGUUUUACGCAAUCCAACUUGCAAUGUUUCGAAUGCAAUUUGUCUUUCCGCUGAUCAUUGUUUUUCGACAAUUACAUUAUCAAGGUUUGUUGAUCACCUGUUAGUUUUUGUGUUAUGUGAAAUUCUGAAUGGAGAACUGAGGAUAUAUGGUCGUGUUUGCAAAAUUGUUUGUCUGUUUGUUUAA